CCAUCAGACAUUGUCUUGCGUUCCACAAGUGAUCAAGUGAAGUCUCACGAAACAAUCUCAAAAUGAAAUUCCUUGUUGUUUUAAUGGCAUUGGCAGUUGCUGUCCAAUCUUCCGUUAUCCCAUAUCCCUAUGGAGUCGUUGGAGCUCCGCAUGUCGUUGCUGCAGGAUGGCCAUGGGCUGCUCCCAUCACCCAAUAUUCACACAUUGGACCUUAUGCCGUUGCUCCAGCAGUCACCGUAGCUAAGCACGUUCCAGCUGCCGUUCAAGUUGUUGCUACUCACCACGGAGUUGUCCAUGCUCCAGUUGUUGCUGCUCAUGCUCCCGCCGUCGUUGUUGCUCCAGCUCCAGCUGCCAGUUACACUGCCGCUACCCGAGGCGCCGUUCAUCAAGCUCCCUUGGAAGGACAUGCCGUCUCUCAAACCUCAUUGAACUUGGCUCCAGCUCCAGGAACUGUCUAAAGAAUGUCUUGUUCUUUUCUUCUUCUACUUUUACUUCGUUUUUCAUGAGAUUUCACUUUCUUUCUAUUUUCUCGAUGGAUUUGUCAGGAGAUCAUCAGUUAUUGAUGUUGCCGGAAUUCAAGACUUUUUGUGAUCUUUUUCUUUUCUUUUCUAUCAAAUAUUAUAUCUAUCAAAAAAAAAAUGUGAAAUAAAUGAAAAUAUUCAAAAAAA